AUGUGAACUGCAUGGUCCCCAAUAUCUGUGCUUCAAAGCAAAGCAGACAGAACCAGUUACAGUGUUUCUUGGUGCUGAAGAGUGAAAAGUGAAUUUUCAGUGACAUCUGACCCUGUGUAUACCUGGCCAGGCAAGGUCGAAUUUAUAGACAGAGGCAAGAGUACCAGCUGCAUCAAAUGGCAGAGGCCGAAGACUUUGUCAGCCAGGAGCCACAUUUAGCUCUACUCAAAGGAUCACCAAGAAAGAGGAGAAGAUUAGAUCAGAAGUGCGGAGUGUUUCCACCAGCAGAACAAAGUGCUCUUAAGGAGUAUGAAAAGCUGGAGUUAAGAACCAGGAGGGUUCUGAGUAACACUUACCAGAAACUUAUCCAAUCUGCUUUCCUGGAUGAUGGUAUCUCUGGUGGGGUCAAGUAUCUCAUAAACCGACUUCUUGCUCUGAUUGAAAAGCCAUCCCUGGAUCCCAUCUACAUUGGACUCUUUGGAGCAGCUGGAGCAGGCAAGAGUUCCCUGCUUAAUGCCAUCAUCCACCAAGCAAUGUUUCUGCCCGUGUCAGGAGAGAGUGUCUGCACAUCCUGCAUAGUUCAAGUGAGCUCCAGCAGCUGUGAACACUACGAGGCCAAAAUCCAUCUUCUUUCUGAGCAAGAGUGGAAGGAGGAGCUGCGGAACCUCACCACACUCUUGCAAAGGCCAGAAGAGGAGGAGGAUGGGGAAGAGGAGUCUUGGGACAGAGACAAUGCAGUGGAGGAAGCCACGUGGAAAUUGCAAGUGCUCUAUGGAAAUGGAGCAGAACGCAAGAGUUGUGAGGAGUUAUUGAGGGCAAAGCCCCGAGCAAAGAUCCCUGCCUCCCGAAUCAUCACCCUCAAGGGAGGAGAGGCAAAUGAGCUCUCUGUAAAACUGGACCCUUACAUCCGGACUCAAAUGAGGAAUACAGAUGGGGGGCCAGUUAGGACCCAAAUCUGGCCCUUGAUCAAAUAUGUAGAAGUGACUCUGCCCAGGUCAGGGGUGCUUCCGGAAGGUGUGGUGCUCGUAGACAUACCUGGAACAGGCGACUUUAAUAGCAAAAGAGAUGAAAUGUGGAAAAGGACCAUUGAUAAGUGUUCUGUGAUCUGGCUGAUCAGUGACAUUGAGAAGAUUUCUGGGGGGAAAAUCCAUGAAGAGCUUCUCUGUGAAAGUAUCAAAGCUUGUCAGAGGGGAGUCUGCCAAGAUAUUGCCCUGGUGGUCACAAAGUGUGAUAAACUCUAUCUGCCAGAUUACUUAAGGGAAAGAAAAGGGGAAAAUUGGAUAAUUGAAAGUCAGCGUGAAGCAAUUUUAGAAAGAAAUGAAGCUGUGAAUCUGCAAAAGAACAAGACUCUCAAGGAAAAGCUGAAGAGAAAACUGCCUACUGACUCCAAGGUUCUGGAAGCCUCAGACCUGGUAUACACAGUUAGUGCUCAGGAGUAUUGGCGGCAGGAGUUACUCAAUGAAGAAGAGACAGAAAUCUCCAAAUUAAGAGACUAUAUCAGGAAAAAGUUUCUAGAGAAGAAGAGGAAGACUGUGACUGAGUAUGUUACGGAGGCUUUCGGAAUCCUGUUACUCACAGACACUUUUAACUCCCAGGAUGGUCUGACGAAUGAAUACCUUCACUUGAGCAGCCUUCGGAGAUUUGUGGAAGAGAGAAUACAGCUGCUGGAGAGGAAUGUGGACCAGUGCUUUACCCAGGUAGAACAGCCUCUGCAGGAAGGAGUGAGAGAUGCAAGGAAUUCCUACCGAAGAAUCCUCAGUGGAUGUCUAACCAGGAGCAAGGGAAAUCAAGGCUUCCACCAGACUUUGAAAGCUGUCUGUCUGAAAGAUGGUAUCUACGCCUCAAGGACACUUGCCAGAAUAGACCUGAAUGAAGCCAUCACUCAGCCUAUUUAUGACAGAGCGGACCCUGUUUUUGGAAACAUUUUCAGGACUGGGAAGGACACCGGUUCUGCACUGAUCCUUCACAUAGACACUUUCAAGCACUCUCUCCAGGAGAAAAUGACAGAAGUGGUGAUAAAAAGAGGGUGGCAAUCUGACAGCUGCAAGCAUAAUUUUCUGAUCCAGGAGAUAAAUGCUAUUUUGGGAGGCCUGGAAGGACACAUCCUCAGAAAAAAGAAGAGGAUCUAUGAGUCUCUCUGCAACUCUGUUCAGAAUGAUCUGAAGCCGUAUUAUGAAGAGGCAGCUCAUAUAACUGGCAAGAAAGCCUGUGAGCGAAUGAAAGAUGCCAUCAGAAGAGGUGUGGACAGACAAGUGGCUGAGGGUUUAUUUGAAAGGGCCCAAGAAAGGAUGCAGAAUCAAUUCCAGCAAUUGAAGAAUGGAAUCAUAGAAAAAGUGAAGGGAAGUGUGUCCACCAUGCUGAUCCUUGCUUCACCCAGGGGAGAAAGCCUCUACAAGGAGCUGUCAGAUGUCAAGAGUGAAUACAGAGAAAUGGAGAAAUUGUAUAAGAGCCUGAGAGAAAUUGCAGAGAACGCAGUGAUGAGGAGGGGAAUGCAAGAGUUUCUCACGAGAAUGUCACCUAAAAAAGUUGGUUCCCCAAAAAACUCAACUCUUGUCCUUUGUGAUUAGGCUGCAGGAUUUAGAAAUUGAGCUUGAAAUAAAAGAAACAUUGAUUUCUGUAUACUGAAAUAUCAGAAUGGAAUUUUUCCAGUCUUCUAGUCCAUAUAUCUUUUGGUCAUUGGGAUAAUCUGGGCUGUUUUUGUUCUCUGAUGAACAUGAUUUUGUUUUAAGUCUGUAACUAAACCAGAUUCCUGCAUCCCUGUGGAUAGGGUGCAGCUUUUGGUAUACCCAUUCUUUGUUAGACCUUUGACAUUGGCAGAUACUUGGAUAAGAAUGAAAAAGCAUUGCGGAAAAAGAGGCAGGGUUGUAUGCCACUGAUGAACUUAGCCAAAUCAUCACCUUGGGAUCAUCCUCUGUAAACUGAAAAUGCUGAAUUGACUAAGUUAUCCCCAGGAUUCCUUACAGUUCUGACCUACAACUAUCCCCAAAUUCCUCCCUUUUCAGUGCUUUGGUUUCUUCCCCUUCUAUAAAGGGCGUUCAGGGUUUUGAUCUGCCUCACUAACAUGGGUGAGGAACUUGAUUAUAAAGCCUUUUUCCUAUUAAAAUCCUAAAUAA